AUGCUCCUGUCAGGGAUAGUGUUUCUGGCCAGUACAUCAACAAACUCUUCUGCUUUCCUGUAUCAGCUACGAUUUGGUGGAAAUGAGAAAACCACAAAAUUUCCAAUAAAAGCAUCACAUUAUCAGUAUGCUCUCUUCUGUUAUCCAUCUCACGGUCCAAUAUUUGGUAAUGGCCAUGACAUAUGCACUUUCUCAAACACAGUGAACAGCUCGGGCACAAAUUUUGCUCUAAAUGGUUACGCAAAGUUUGGGAGCACUUACGACACCAAGGAUUUAACUGCAAACGAUAUCAAUAAUGGCAAUUUGAACGUCACGGAGCUAGAGGUCUACAAAGUUGAAUAUGGGACAAGACCAAGCAAAGUCAAGAAGGAGGACAUGAAACCAUGGCGAAUGACUAAAUGCUGGAAUGAACUGUUUCUGAACGAGCUAACAAAAGAAAUUGUUUCCUUCAACCAAUCCCUGACCUAAAGGUGAAAGAUGCCCGUAUUUUAAUUAUUGGUCCUGUUGGUGCCGGGAAGUCGAGUUUUUU